GAAGUAUCUUUGGUUUGCGCGAGUUUUAGUUUUUAGUAGAGAGCUGUCUAAAUUUUUCGGUCGGGUAAAUUAGAUGCUCAUACUUAAGACUCAAGGGAUUUUAUAUGUUUGCUACAUGUGUUCGAUUGACUCUUGGACACACAUUGUUUGUUAGGGGUUAUUUAUAAAUGCAAUAAUAAUACAGCAAAACCAUCACACGGAUUUAAUCCACAAGAAAACCCUUUAAGGAUUACCAAAAUAAAGCACAAAAUUUUAUAUCUUUUUGAUUAAAAUUGUACACACACAGAAACAUCAAAAACAACAAAAUUUUCAAAAAUGUAUUAAGAAACUGUGCAAAUUAAAAAAAGUGUUUUUUUUUAUGAAAAUAGUAUAAUUUGUUGUUAACACGGAACUAAACAACAAACCCUGUACUAAAUCAUUUAAAACAGUGCAGUGACACCCAUUUGAAUAAAGCAUUCGCUAAAGUGGACUUAUGGGUCUUACCGAAAUGCCCGCUGGUUAUAUGACACAAAGCUCAGGCACUGGUGGUCAAGUCUUGGUCAUGGAUCAUCAUCAUCAUCACCAUCAUUUGCAUGUGCAGCAUCAUAAUAUGGAUCCUCACCAUGAAAAGGAUAAAAUGAAUUCAAAAAAGAAAAUGCAUCUGCUGAAAAAGAUUAAAAAACGCUUUGGAUUAGUUCGCCGUUCUCCUUCAUCUUGCCCAGGUCCCAAUAAUUUGCCCCCUUUACAGUUUCAUCAUGUGCAUGGUGAUAACAUUCGUAUUUCACGAGAUGGCACUAUCGCGCGACGUUUUGAAAGCUUUUGCCGUGCUAUUACCUUUUCGGCGCGACCUGUUCGCAUUAACGAAAGAAUUUGUGUUAAAUUUGCCGAGAUCUCCAACAAUUGGAAUGGUGGCAUACGCUUUGGUUUCACCAGCAAUGAUCCGGCCACCUUAGAGGGUAAUUUGCCCAAAUAUGCGUGUCCCGAUUUAACAAAUCGUCCUGGAUUCUGGGCCAAAGCUUUGCAUGAACAAUACUGUGAAAAGGACAAUGUUCUGUAUUAUUAUGUCAAUUCUGCCGGUGAUGUGAUCUAUGGCAUUAACAAUGAAGAAAAAGGUGUUAUAUUAUCGGGCAUUGACACGCGAGGUUGUCUCUGGACCAUCAUUGAUAUAUAUGGCAACUGCACUGGUAUAGAGUUUUUGGAUGCUCGUGUUUAUAUGUAUCAACAAAGUGGUGGUGUCGGUAUGCCACCCUCUGUAAUGGCGCCUGGCAUGACUGGUACUUUGCCGGGUCCUCAGAUGGUUGGUGCUCUAAACCCCCACAACCCCAAUCAACAAUCGAGAAGAUCUCUACCCGCAAGUGGCGGCUAUGAAAAUGAUUUGGAACGCAGCAUUAUGCCAUCUAUGCAGUCUUUAAACUUAACCGGUGACCAAGUAGCAAUAGCCUCUGAUCUGGCCAAUGGUUUGCCUCCCUUGCGUUACAAUGGUAAUGGCCGCCUUAUACCAGUACCGUUUCACAUCACCAAAGGACGCAAUGUGCGGCUAUCGCACGAUCGUUUUAUUGCCUCGCGUACCGAAAAUGAUUUCUGCCAAGGUUAUGUCUUCACUGCCCGUCCCAUAAGAAUAGGUGAGAAGAUCAUCGUUCAAAUAUUGAAAACCGAACAAAUGUACGUUGGGGCUUUGGCCCUGGGUUUGACAUCGUGCAAUCCAGCUGCCUUGCAGCCGGGAGACUUGCCAAAUGAUUCGGAUUUCCUUUUGGAUCGUCCUGAAUAUUGGGUUGUGAGCAAAGAUAUAGCGGCGGCCCCUCAGAGAGGCGAUGAAAUUGCCUUCUUUGUGGCCCCCAACGGUGAGGUGACCAUCAGCAAGAACAAUGGCCCUGCGGUGGUGGUGAUGCAUGUCGAUCAAUCUUUACAACUAUGGGCAUUCUUAGAUGUGUACGGCUCUACGCAAUCGGUGCGUAUGUUCCGUCAACAAUUACCCAACAUGGUCAAUUAUCCUCCUGCCGUUAUAGCUGGUUCCUCGCAGCGCAUAGUCAACAUACCAGUGUCUGAAUCAAUGAAUAGUCUGAAUAGUCAAAUAUCUGAAAAUCGUAAAAUUAUACACCCAUCCCAGUUGAAUGUUACACACGGCACUAUAAGUGCCUCCUCCUCAACGCUAGCCUCAAUGCAAUCAACCAAUAAUUUGGCAGCCGGUACUACCUCAGGUAUAUUGAAUGGCACCUGUUCACCCCCCAGUGCUGCUGCUGCAACGGGACGCAUGAUCAGUAUGCCCUCGAAUGGUGAAAUGAUACAAAUUCAACCCACCAAUGGUGGUGGUACAGUGCUCGUCGUUAAUUUACCUCCUGCCACAUCAGCGUUAGACUUGAAUAGUCUGGCGGCAACAACACAAGCGGCUCGCAUAGGUCAACAAACAUCAAAUAAUGGUAUCGGCAGUGGCAGUUCAGCCAAUUGCUCAAGUGGUGCCAGCAGCAAUUCUAAUGUGAAUACACUUGUGGGAAAUAUCAAUAACGCACAGUUUAUGGAGACAAACACUGCCGUUACAAUGGCUGUCAAUAAUGUUAGUGCAAAUAAUAAAUGGUCCAAGGACACAGUGGAUAGUUCGGAUUCAGCUGGAGCUGAAUGCACAAUAUGCUAUGAAAAUCAAAUCGAUUCUGUACUGUACAGUUGUGGUCAUAUGUGUAUGUGCUACGAUUGUGCCAUUGAACAAUGGCGAGGUGUGGGUGGUGGUCAAUGUCCACUGUGUCGGGCUGUUAUACGCGAUGUUAUACGUACUUAUACAACAUAAAAAAGCCCCAACUACUACUAGAUAUUUUAGAUUAGAUAAGAUGAUAAAUUUAAUAUUAAAAAACCCACAAAUUCUCAAAAAAAUAAUGAUAAAAGAUUGAACUUAAACAAUGAAAUGCUUAUAAAAUUAAAGCAGUAUUUUGAUAUAUAUACACAAACACACACACAAGAAAAUCACAAAUUCACUCUCUCAAACACUCACACAAACUCAAACUUAGAUCCUAUGGAACCUUGACAACAUAAAAACUCGCAAAGAAAAUAUUAAAAUUACAAAAAAAUGUUAAAAAAAAGUUACAAAUUAGUAAAAAGAAGCCUUGAGAGAAGGCAAGCACUAAAUUAAAAAUCAUGAAUGAAAAUUGUUAUUGAAAAUUGAAAAAAAAAUUGCCGUAUGAAUGACUAGAAAACGACGAAAUGAAAUGGAUUUUUAGCAUUAACUUUAGUAUUUAUAAAAAGAAAAAUAAAACAAAAUAUAGCAUAGUUUCUCUUUGUACUAAGUAUUAUGUGAUUUUUAUAAUAAUUGUAUUAUAGUUUUUAAAAAUGCAAAAAAUUAAAACGAAAAAUAUCGUCCUAAACCACCAUAUGAUUUACACACAUUUAUACAUAAAAAUAUUUAUCUUGAAACGAAAUCAUGCUAAAACAAAUGCCUUUUAAGACUCAAUUGUAUGAAUUAAUUUACACAAAAAUAUUGUAUAAUUAUUUUGCUUUUAGGCUUUUAUACUUUUUAUUUACAUAAAAAUAUAGAUUUUAAUCUUCGGAUGAUUCAGAUAUUUUUAUUUCAAUUAUUUGUAUAGUAUAAAGAAACUGACAUCUGUGCGAAAGAGAAACAUUAGAAACACAAUCGAUAACGGAAAAUAAAUAUCGAUAAACUAAAAUAUGUAUUAAUGAAAACAACCCGGCAUGCAAAGCUUUGUUUACAAUGUGAAAUCGAUUUUUAAAUAUUUUAGUUUUGUAAAUAUAAUAACUUUAGUGUCUGAAAUCAAAAUGUUGCAAAAAACAAAUGUGUUGGUAAACAUGCUAGAUUUUUAUUCUCACAAGCAACACAUAAAUCGUGCAAUUCAAAAUGUGUCUCUCUCUCUCUCUUAACAUAUCGAGACCUUUCCUAGAAAAUGAAACUAUAUUUUUUCGAUUUUUUUUAUGGAUAUCGAUAAACAAAAAUUCUAUUUUGCUUACCUCUUCAGAUAUCGCAUCUGUACAAUAAACUGUUAUGAAAUGAGAGCCAAAAUAUUGAUAUUAGUGUGAGCAAGUUAGUGUAUGUUAUUUAAUAAAACUUGUAAAUGUGGUUGUUUGUAGCUUACAACGUUUGCGAGAGAAGGGUUCAAUAUAUUGAGUAAAAAGUACUCGUAAUGCUAUUGCUUUUGAACUUCCUCCACCGUUAGACCCUAGAAAACGUUUGUAAGCUAAAUUUCAAAGUCCUCCCCAUUUGUUUGCUUGUUCAACGAUCGAAAAGUAUGAUAAUACGUUUUGACAGCAGAUGAAGAACCUACCAUCCGAGCUUCGGCAUAGUCAUAUUAGACAAUCAAAUGAUUAACUCCUCUGUUGGGUAUUGUCUGCCAUAGAAUCAAGUUUGCUUAAUGUUGAAGGACAUAUUUUACUCAAUAUAUUGAGCAAAAAGAACUCGUAAUGCUAUUGCUUUUGAACUCCUUCCACCUUCCUUCCAUUCUUGUUCAUCGAUCGAAAAGUAUGAUAGUACGUUAUGACGGCAGGUGAAGAACCUCCCAUCCGAGCUUUGGUAUAGUCAUAUUAGACGAUCAACUGAUUAACCUCCUCUUUUGGGUAUUGUCUGUCAUAGAACCUCGUUUGCUCUUCCGUCGGGGUCUUCUAUGUUGUAGACUCACGUUUAAUUGAUGUAAAUGGGCUAUUUAGAGGUCCUUGUCGAACGCCUGGUUCUACUUCCUUUGCAAAAUAUAUAGGCAAAGGGGCACUAUUUGAUCUUUACAGAGAUAAUUAAAAGAAUCUUUACUUAUGGCCACCAGUUCUCCAACGUUAUUUUUGUUGUAGAAGUUUGUUGUGUUCUAUCUUUCGACAGAAGGUGAAGAACCUACCAUCCGAGCUUUGACAUUAUCAUAUUAGGCGAUCAACUGAUUAACCUCCUCUGUUGGAUAUUGUCUGCCAUAGAACCUCGUUUGCUCAAUGUUGGAGGACAUUUUUGAUGAUUUUCACGAUAUAUGGCCUGGCGUUGUCUUAAAAAAGCAUAACUCAACCUCUUCUGUCGCGGUCUUCUUUGUUGUGGACUCAUGUUUAAUCAUGUUAAUUAAUCAUCUUCUAGCAAUUCUUUCAGUCCUCGACAAACCAGAACCUUUGGUAUUAUGAGCCCACUAUCAACUCAUUUACAUUAGUCUUAUAUCUCUUAUAACAUAGGAACAGUUAUCCUCGCUCUUAGUAUACCAAUUGCAUAAAACACAGAACAUGAACGAUUCUUCUAAGCAGACACUAAAAUUGUUAUAAUCUUGCAACUAAUCGAAGAACAAUUGAUAUUUGCACACCUAAAACCCCACCCCUUUCCAUAAAACACGUAUUUAUUAAACGGUUAGAAAGCCGUAUAUGAUUGUGUUAUAAAUAUAAUUAUUUUAUUAUUAUUAUUUUUUUUUUAUUUUAUAAAAGAAAAGCUUAAUCCAAAUCUUAAUACUUUAGUUUUAUUCUUAUUUUAAGUAGGAUAACAGAAAAACCAAAGUAUUUGUUGGAUUUUUGAUUUCAUCAAAGAGAAAAAUAAUGACGAAAAUUUGUUUUCCCUUUUUUUUAGAUUUUUGUAAAAACCACUUUUUUUGGUUGUUUUAAUUAGAAAUUUGGCAAAUAAAAAUAACAUGUGCAAAAUUUUAACUAUUAAGCCAUAAUGAUUUUCAUCUUAAAGAAAUUAAGUUUUGGUGCUCUAUUAUGAUGUCUUAUAAUGUUGAUUAAUAUGCUAUUUAGUUUGGUAUUUAGGGCAGUCAGUUUUAUUACAAUUCAAAAUUUUAUUUUAUAAAAGUAAAAAAUCAAUAUAACCUAUUUGCUUUGGCAGCAUAUUAAAAAAAUAAUUUUCAUUUCCUUUCAUUCGUUCAAUUCCACGAAAACAGCGGUUUGGCUUUCAGUCAACAAAAAAAGUGUUUUUGAAUCUCGAUUUUUUGAAGUGGGUUUCAUUCAUUUGCUAUUUUUGUGUAGUAUUCUCUAAAACAGCUGACAGUCUCUAAAACAGCUAAGCAACGUAAUACGUUUUAUUGCAUUACUUUUUAAGCAGUGUUGCCAAGUGAAGUCGAUAAUAGCGUUUUGGUUGUUCAAAAUCAGCCAGCGGAUACCAAAGUAAAACAAAGCCAAUGUUUAAAUGUUGAGACCUUAUCUACAUAUCGCCCAUUGACUUCCAUAGUGGCAUAACUAAAUAAAAUAGAUAUUCCAAAAAACGCAUUUUAAGAUGUCCUUGCCUUUACAUUCAAAGAAAAUUAAAACAAACAAAAAAUAAAGAAGUUUAUAAGAUAUCAAAACACAAUGCAAUAGUAUGCAACGGAGCAUAUUCAUAAAUUAAAUAAAAAACUAAACAUGCAUUUUUUCGAGUUAUGUCACUUUUCAAGUACAUGAGCGAAAUGUCUUCUACCCUCAAACAUUAAAAGAUCUGAAAUGAAAUGAACUAUUUCGUUUUAAAUUUGAUUUUUUAACUUUAUUCAACAAGUGGUUUUACUUUUAAUAAGUAUACAAAAAUGAACAAAAUCGAGAAAUUAAAAAAAAAAACAGUGGAGGUUUUAAAAAAUUACCUUAUGCUUCAAAUGGCAGAAUUUUUAAACUAUGUUUAUAGUCAGUUUUACAAUCUAUUCAAACAACAGUGACAUUUUAUAUCUUGAAACAAACAAACCAACAAACGUAUAUACAUCAUCCCAAAAAACAACACACACACACACAAAGCAAGAACAAAUGCUCAAUACAUUUAAUAUUCUUUUAAUCAAAGAUUAUCCCAAAAUAUAUUGUUAAAUUUAAUUUAUUUUUUUUUUUAUUAUAUAUAUUUUUUAUUUUUAUCCACCCAGCCCUUAUACACAUAAUUUAAUUAUAAUUUUCUCAAUUUUUUUAGUUUUUAGUCAGGAAGCAAGACAACAUACACACACAUAACCUAUUGUAUCCUUAAUUCUUUAAUGAUUUUACAUUAUAAUAUAAUUUAAAAAAAUGCGAUUUUGUUUUAAAUUUUAUAUUUCUAAGUUGAUUAAGUUUUCCGUAUUGUAUUUUAUUUCUAGUCACCUCCUACAAUAACUGCUAUCACAUAUAUGCAUAUAUAUAUACAUAUAUAAACACAAAAAAAACAAAUAAAAUGGAAUUCAAAUAUUUUCAUAUGCAAACAAAAGUAAACUGCAUGUUUUCAUUUAAUACUUGAGGCCUUCUCAAAAAAUUGCAUAGGUUUGCUCUUCACCCGUAUGUCGUCUAUGAGCAUAUACACUUCCACUGCGAUCGACUACAUGGUUUUCUGCAUCGCAAGCAUGGCGAAACAAUUAAAGAUGGUCUCACUUGUACAACAACCUCAAAUAAUGUAAUAUGGUGCAAUCCGCCAUCAUGUUAUCAAGCUGAUCGACGUUUUGCCGAAAAAGACGAUAACUACAAAUAGAAUGCAAAUAAAAAUCUGACAUCUUAACAGCUGUUUGCGUGAGACCACCUUUUUUGCAAACCAUGGGAGUCCGCAUUUUACUGUCCCUUCCGUGUGUCUUGCAGACAUGUAGUGAGUAUAUCCUACUAGAAAGAUGACGUGUGGUAUUUCGGUUCGCAGUAUUUCAUCAUAACUGGCAUAACCUGAGAUCCGUUCAAAGUAUUGGACUCAGCACCGCUCCUAAAGUAUCCUCAUAAUCACUCGUUUCAUCUUGAAAGUUAUAAAUCAGUGCCUUUUUAUGCCGGCAACCCCUCAUUAUUCUGUUGUUUUUGUUUCGGAGCCACAAUUUGCAUGUGGAGAUGGGGAUACUAAUUAAGCUCUUAUAGGUGAGCAAGCACGUUCCGCGGGAACGUUAUGGCCAUUGGUUUUUUAAAGGCGCCAAUAACUCGCCUUGUCAUUUAGGCAGGGGACUCUCCACUCGAUACCGGUAAUUGUCAGCGGCUGCAAUUACAGCUACUCCAUAUGCCAAGCAUUUCACUAUUCGCAAACUGUGGACGCGCCCGGUAGCUUCCAGCUGAGCUUUUUCGAGAUGACGAUGAACAGCGCAAAAAUUGGAGGGUUGGAAUCCGUAUAAUGCUCAUGUUGUUAUUGUUGUAGCCACAUUUUCUUGUGGAGGUGGCGAUGCUCCUCAAGCUCGUUCCGGUCCAAAGGACCGAUUGCCACGGGAUCGUUAUGACCAUCUGUUUUUUAAAGGUGCCACUAACCCCCCUUGUCUGUCAUAUCGGGUACACAGGCACUUAGUAUUUAAGCAAGAGCCAGUACCGUAUGGUCUAUCAUUGAGACUCUUCGCUCGAUACCGCUGAUUGUCCACUAAUUCCGUUGCAGUUACUCCGUAUGGAGCAUUUCCCUAUCCGCAACCUGAGGACACGCCCGGUAGCUCGCAGCUAAGCUUCUCCUAACAGC